UCUUUCGAUCAGAUCAUAGCCCACAUUAGUUUCUUCAAACAUUGUACUUUUGUAGUUUGAGUGAGUUGUAGUUCUUGACCUGAACGGAAGAGUGCAGUUUGUAGAUCUACGACCAGCUAGAAACUUAGUAGAUCUAGUAGAUCUAGUGGUAGUUACAUAGAGAUCCACGGACUCAGUGGUUGAAAUAAUUUUAUGACCGUGACUCUGUGACAGCAGGUGGCUGUUUUGAACACCGACUAGAAAAAGUAAAAGACUUGUGUUCUUGCAAUGGUUUGCUCUAGCCGGUGCAAGUGAGUUGUAGGCAGUGAUAUUACUGGAUGCCGGACCGUGUUGACGUUCUGAUCAGUGUGAACAGCCUGUACUGGUGGUAUCGCCAGGGAACUUGAUGGCGAGUCCGAUGGACGAGGACGUGGACGCGUCCAGAUACCCAGCCAUUUUAGUGUCUGGCUAUCGUGCUCCCGAAGGCUGGCCGGACGGCGACGAUGUGGAGUCCACUCAGAAUAGGAUAACGGUGCACUUUCAGAAGCGGAGGAAUGGUGGCGGGGAGGUGGUCGAGACGAAGCUCCUGUCUGCUGAUGUAGCGCGUGUUGCAUUUGAAGAGCCGACUGUUGCCCACAGCGUCGUGAACCGUGAGCAUACAUUAAAGUCGGGAGAGAAGGUCAACGUUGUACCAGAGGUGAUGAGCGCUGGUAUUGCGCAGCUUAGCCCGCUGGUCACGCAGCUCUUCAGUGCGAGUGAGCUCGAACUUGCUUGCAAGCGCUUUAACACCAAGCUAUGUGGCGCUGCAGAAGUCAGUGGCGCCUGGUCCUGCUUGCAACGGCUCAGUGAACACCUCACUGAUUGUGUACGAGCUCAUCAGAACAACACUGGGCAGCAGGGAAGAAGCAACACAGUCGCCGCACACCAGGGCAGCCGACAUCCAGUGGGAGACAAUGUCAGUAGUUCAAGUCACCACACUUCUCACAGUAAAGUCCCAGUCCGCCUUGCUACCACGUUCAACAAUGCUCCGCACACCCAAGAGCCAAUGGCCAACAAGACGAGUAGCGAGACCAUGGCUCGGCACGCAGAGGCCGCCGCGACUAUGCGACCUUCACACAGGGCCAUCAUGGAACCUGAACUGACUAGUACAACCAGUGCAACAAGAGAGGAGGACUUGAUCCAGUGCUUGACGAUCCUUCCACCAGCAUACAAUGUCAUCCGUGUAUGCCACAGGGAUCAGAUUGACAAAAUGGUCAAGGAGACCAAUUGUGAGAUGCGAAGAAAUGGUACCGAGAUCAACUUUCGUGGGCAAACUAAAGAGGGCCUGCAAGAUUGUGUGGAGCAGUUCUUAAACCUGUACCAGGAGAAAUUGAGUCUUUUCCACCACCAUACGGUGAAAGUUCCAGAAAACACAACCAAAGAGUUGGCCAAAGCAUUAGUUGAGUGGUUUCGUGAACAGCAUCCGACAGCUGCAAUCAGCCUGGCCAAAAGGGAAGUCAUUGUGUACGGCUAUGAGAAGGACGUGAAGCAGGUUGCAGACGCAUUGGAGCAACGGUUCUUGUCGAAUGUGCCACUGUCGCAGAUGGCAGCUUCCAAGAGCGAUGUUGAAGAGCCUUUGUCACACCCCGUGCCCCACAGGGCACUGGGCAGGGGACAAGCUAUAAACUCUGCAAUAAUAUCUAUGGGUGAUCAUCCGCAACCUGUCGGUGUUAUCUCUGCAUCCAGUGGCUCGCAACGCUGUCUUGAGCAGUGUGUUCUGCCAGGAAACAUCCUGCUUCAGCUCAUGGAUGCAGACAUCACUACACAACGUGUAGACGCAAUUGUGAAUGCUGCCAAUGACCAAUUAAAGCAUUACGGUGGUGUAGCUCUGGCCAUCUCCAACGCAGGCGGACCAGAGAUUCAGAAGGACAGCGACAGGUUGGUGUAUAAACAACGGAGGAGGAUCCAGGAUGGUGAGGCGGUGUGGACUAAGGCAGGACGCCUUCCCUGCCAUUUUGUCAUUCACGCCGUCGGCCCCAUGUGGAAGCCGUACAACCAGCUUGUCUGUGAGCAAUCUCUGGCUGAGGCGUGUUGUAGUUCCUUGCAGCUUGCAUGCCAGUUAAAAUGCCAGACUAUCGCACUCCCGGCCAUAAGCUGUGGCAUCUUCGGAAUGCCCGUUCAAGUCUGUGCCAGAGUAAUGCUGGCCGCUAUCAAUGGCUUCUUUGCUCAAUCUGUCAACCACGGCACGAGUCUGAAAGAGGUACGCCUUGUUCUGUUUGAGCAGCGCACAAUACAGGCGUUUUGCAGCGAAUUCAAGGUUACAUUCAAGCCGCCGAUGAGUCACGAGAGCAGCAGGCCCCUAGUGCAUGAAACAUCGCCGUAUGGAGCGCCACCACCUGGGCCUGCAGAUGCUACAUCCUGUGACCAGCGCAAUGCACCGUACGAAGCAAGCUCGCGCUGUGCUGAUGUGCGUACCGCUUCAAUCUCAGGUGAUGGGGAUCAUAAGGAGUGGCCAUCGCUCUCUGAGAGCAAGCCAGGUGGUCAUCCGAACUCACGUUACGAAGCAGACGCUUCUCACGGUCAUCAAAUGAAGCAGUCCCAUGGUAGGAGCAGCAGCAGCACGAGAAAGACAUCAUCCAGUGGCGAGCUUGCAGGUGACCCCAAAAGAAAGUGCUCCACAGAUCCGCCCGGUCUGCAGAUUGAGGCCUCAGGAAGUGAUCGCUCUGUGACCAUUGUCACUACACAGCCAUCUGGUGGAGCCAAGCUGCCCGCAACAACUGAUGCCAUGGAAUCGGGUUCAACUACUCGAAGUGUCAGUACUGGUGGAGAAAGUCGCCCACUUGCAAGCGUGAAGAACCAUGGCAGAAAUCAUUCAGGAAAACAACGCACAGGGCGGCUGUGCAACUACCUUGGAUGCCAAGCCACUGCUACCCAGCCGCAAAAAUGUGGACACCAGUUGUGUGAUCAGUGCCAUAAAGAUACUCCAGGAGAUAUGUGCUUACCAUGCGACUCAGAAGCUUAUGCUGGGGACAUUGCGAAUGCACCUUCCCCUGCAGCCGCAGCAGCCAAACCGGCCGCUGCCAUUGACAAGGCCAUGACAGAUGUAUCUCACACUCUGUCAUUCAUCAAAUGUGAUGACAACCCACAGCCCAAAGACCAAUCCACACGUGAUCGCCCAGCAGAAGAUGACAAAGAUGAAAUUGCGCUGGUAACCAGGCAUUCUUCAAAGUCUAGUCACCUUGAUGGCUCCAAAUCCAAGACAGAAAGACAUGCUGGAGGAGCAGCAGCAUCCGUGCCUACAACUGCGACCACCGUAAGGCAAUCAUCGUCUUCAUCUCGUGGAACACCAUCACCAACAACAGCAGAGCCGUCCUCGGUAGCCACAUCAGCUUCACAAGCAGUCCAUGGAAAUCAGCAGGAGCCUACGAUUUCGACCACCGUUAUACAAUCAUCGUCUUCAUCUCGUGGAACAUCUUCAACAACAUCAGCAGAGCCGUCCUCGGCAGCCACAGCUUCACAAGCAGGAGCGGCUACUAAAGCCACGCCGGAGUGUCAAGUCUGUCUGGAGGUGAUGGAGAAGCCGAAAAUGUUGAGAUGUGGCCAUGUGUUCUGUACGCAGUGCAUGACUGGUGUAGAGAAGGCUGGUCACUACCAAUGUCCUACAUGCCGUCAGCCCUUCAAAGCAGUCCGUGGAAAUCAGCCGAAAGGCACCAUGAGAUUUGAUAGGUCAUCCAAUCAUUUGCCAGGCUAUCAUUGUGGCACUAUAUGUAUCCAUUAUAACAUACCUGGCGGCACACAAACCAUUGGUCACCCAAACCCUGGAAAACCAUUUUCUGGUGCAAGCCGUGCAGCCUACCUUCCGGACGAUAACGAAGGCAACAAGGUCCUGGCAUUGCUGAAAAAGGCAUUUGAUGCACGGCUGACGUUCACUGUGGGGCGAUCCGUGACAUCGGGACAGGACAAUACCGUCACGUGGAAUGACAUUCACCACAAAACAAGCAUGACCGGCGGAGUGUCUGCGUUCGGAUAUCCAGACAAAGGCUACCUGAAUCGUGUGCAACAGGAGCUGGCCGCUAAAGGCAUCGUGUGAUUGUUGGGAUAAAACCCUUCUGACCAGCCAGUAUUGGCCUUGAUGAGGACAGCUUUCCAUCACGAGUCCUUGCUCAUUGUCCCGGUAACGCUGCCUGCAGCCUUUUGGAGACGGCACUUUACAAAUUUGAACAUCCCUCUCUCUCUCUCUCUCUCUCUCUCUCUCUCUCUCUCUCUCUCUCUCUCUCUCUUUAUCUUAUUAUUUCUUUUCUAUAAUUUCCCCAUAUGAGUUCCUAUCAGUUGCUGUGAACACCUUGAGUGGAGAGCGCUUGCUCGAGCGUUGAACCCGGGUUCUUAAUCCACCAUACCCAGUUCGCAAGGCUGGGCAGGGUUGUGAGCAGGCUUUCAUUUCAUCUUUUCUUAUUAUUUCUGCUUUUCAUCUCAUUACAAAAAUUCUGCGCAUUUUUCUCCACCUGUGCAUAAAAUCUAGACUGACAACCUGCUUGUUAAAUCAUGCACCUGCUUUCAGGCGUAAAGCCCUGUUGUAGAGGUCUCAGUCCUCAUUUGUUAGACUUACCUGUCUUUAUAAAUGUAACUUACUCUCUCUCCUCUCUUUGUGUCAUGAAUGAUGCUGAUGGAUGGAACCAACAUUUUUGAAGUCUAUUCGUAGUAUUCGUAUUCGGCAUGUCCAUUCCCGUCCAGUGUUACCCACAGACCUGCUUUAGGUAGCAGCUGCAUUGCUUGAUGCAAGUUGUGAUUAGUAGCUGGGUUUGUACAGACAUGCCAUGCAGCGGACUGGGACUACUCUGUCCAGUGUGUUCCCUUGAUAACAGUUUUGUUCCAUUCUUUUCAGUUUGAAUGUUUGACUGUGAAUGUGUCUGUAUGGCUGCACUUGUUGUUGGACUAUGAGGCUGUGCUCUGCGUGGUUGCAACGUUUAAUUUAGUACUAAUUAGUAGAAGUAACGUGUUAUUGCGGAAACCGCAACAGUUGUUCACCAACAUACCCUGCUAGGAGUGCGACUACCCAAUCCUAUUAUGCUGCUACUUCUUGGUUUGUCUGUCUCCGUGAUGCUUCGCUUCUAUUUCAUUUUCUCAGUUCCCACGUGCCAUGUUUCAUAUUACACGGAAGUGAUCACCUUUCGGACGUUUUUCUGCAGAUGUGUUUCCUUUUUUUUCUAUUUUCUAAAGUUAUACUACUACUACAUGUACUGACUGGAUAUGAAUGACAAUAGGCAUCUUGACUUGCACUGUAUUCAUCCCAA